AUGUACAGGAAAAAGUGGGAUAAAGAAAAGAAGAUUCUGACAGAAGAGGAUACAGGAAAUCUAAUAAUUACUUUUAUGGGCGAUAAAGUUCGGAAAAGUCUAGAUCUGUUUGGACGUAGAACAGCAAUAAAAGUUAGACCGUUCAUAGCAUCGGUCAAACAAUGCUUCAAGUGUUUCAGAUUUGGCCACAUAAAAGCUCUAUGUAAGAGUAAAGAGAGAUGUAUAAUAUGUGGAGAUCUGGGACAUGGAAACUGCACGAGAGAUACAAAAUGCAGAAAUUGCGGAGGCAACCACAUAUCUACAUGGAGAAUGUGCAGAAAAUAUGAGAAAAAUAAAAAUAAAAAUCUGGCAAUGGGACUUAAUAAUGUAUCUUGUAUGAAAGCAGAAAGAAUACUGGCUGGGAAAAAACAAGAUAAAGUACAAGAACAAACAUAUGAUAGAUAUGAAACACCGGCUCAAUGGCCAAAACUUUCACAACCAAGACAGGAGAUGGAAGGAAGAUGGGAGGAUCCACAGACAUCCAGAAAAUUAAUAACAUACGAAGAGGAUAGGGAAGAUAGAUACACGAAGAAAACUAAUACAUAUAAAGACAAGUUAAUGACACAGAAGAAUAAACAAGAAAAUUACUAUAAACAAUUCGAUAACAGAAGAGAAGAAAUUACAAAAGAUAAAAAAGGAAUAGCCCUAAAACAAGUGGAAAAACAACCAGAAAGAUGGGAUAAAGAAACAUCAGAGAAAGAAUCGGAAAAUAAUACUCCAGAGGAAGAAAGACAAGGUCAGAGAGAAGAAGAAAUAAAUAUUCCAGUAGGCAUGAACAGAGAUCGAGACAUCAUUACAAGCCUAGCAGCGAAAUUAAUAUAA